UUUUGCAUUCCAACUUGUUAGAAGGAAAAUAUGUAACUAAGGAAAAUAGAUAAGUAAGGAAAAAAAAUUAAUUAGGGAAUGAGUAUUAUGGCAAAUCUUGCCAAUUUUAUAUAACCCUUGGCCUAUUUAAAGGAGGCAUACCUAUUGUAAUUCGCUGAACAAGUUGAGUGAAUAAUUCUCAUAUCUUUCAACAUGGUACCAGAGCAAAGGCUCAUAACAAAAUCAUCAUAGCCUAAUACUUUUCCCGACCAAGAAGACGGUUAUUUUCAACCUGCAACAUGUCAGACGAUGAAGAGAAACCAAAUAUGGAGGAGACACGAUUAAAGAUGAGUAAGAAUGUUACUCUAGCCGUUAAACUCAACGGGAUGAAUUAUCCCCUAUGGAAACGGCUGAUGAGAGUAGACAUCGUGGGAAGACGAGCAAACAGGUAUAUCACCGGUACACCGCAGCCGCCGGAACCUGGAAUGAAGGGGUACACAGAAUGGGAGGAAGCCGAUAUGACAGUGUUCUCAUGGAUAAUUGACAACGUCGAAACAGAAAUUGUUGUCGACUUUGCACAUCACCAAACCGCGCAAGCUCUGUGGGAGAGCCUACAAACUACAUUCGAAAGUACUGCAGAUCCAUAUCUGUUGUACGAUCUAGAGGAAAACGCAGGCCGAAUCGAGCAAGGGGAACAUGGGCUAGAAACAUAUUGGCGACAUCUCCACGGAAUCUGGGUCGAAAUUGACCGAUGCCAACAUCAACCUGUGGAUUGCUGCGACGAGGGGAUUAGCCAACUUCGAACGUAUGUAGCAACAAGACGGCUGUUCAAAUUCCUAACAGGCUUGAAUGCAAGAUAUGACGGGAUCCGAAGGGAUAUUCUCAAGGAAACCCCGUUGCCCUCAGCCGAGACCGCAUACGGUCUGGUAAAACAAGAAGCUACGCGGUUGAAAAUCAUGCCGGCAGCAGACAUCGAUCUCCAGACCGGCGCAAUCAACGAUGGAUCAUCAUCGGGCCAAGUCGGACACGGGUUCGCCGUCAGAAACCAGCCACCACCGCGACCAAAACAGCCACCACCACGAAUCGCCGCGCAACAGCCCAAUCGCCAAGGCGGUUUCAAACCCGACAAAUCAAAAUUUUGGUGCUCUCAUUGCGGAAAACAAAGACAUACUCGAGAUACAUGUUUCCUCCUCGUUGGAUUUCCGGAAUGGUGGGAUGAAAAUCAAAAGGCUAAAGCUCGAUUAGCCAUCGGAGUCGAAGAUGGAGGCGGAUUAUUUCUGCAAGGAGCAGGGAAUAGGGAGAUGACUAACACCCGUGGGAGAGCAGGAGAUACCAGUCCUCAACCGGGUGGAGGCGGCAGGCCCGGCGAUGCAGCCUUCGCGGAGAAGAAAUGAGGCGGGUCAUAUGGAGGAUAUCAGGACGAGGAGGAUAAGUGGGCGUGGCACUGAGAGUCAAGG